AACUGUGGACUUCGUUUCUCUCUGUCUCUCUCUGGCCUCUGUGACCAUGUCGUUCUUCAUCCUUGUUCCUCCUCAUCUCGGGAGUUCCUUCGACCUGUAGUAGCCGCCGGCCAACUCCAACGUUCGCGUGAUUGUCCUUUCAUGAUUGGCGUCGUGCCUAAUAUGAAACACCGACGCUGGUCAACGGCGACCUCUGAACAGCGCUUCUCAGCCAAUAUCCCAUAUGGCAGCCAUGAAUGACCGUUCAGGUAAGAGGCGGCCCCUUCAAAACAGCCGCCUGGUAGGGGAUACAUGUAAAACGCAACGAACCUCCAGCUUACCUCUGCUCCUCAAAAUCUGCCUCUUUGAUCUUGUCUCUCGUCGUUUCGCAGGAAUACCACCACCGUUGUCUUUAGCAUCUCGUCACAAUCAUGGGGAUUGAAAUAGAAAUCAAUUCCACCUCUCGCCCGGCGUCCUUUCAAGAGAAAAAGUCCUCCCAGGAUGACAAUGGAACCAGCAGGACCGAGUCUCGCUCAAGUACUCGAAAGGAGCCCGUCGACAAUGCUUCAGCCUUGAAGACCUCCAUCCCAUCUCCUCUCCUGACGUCCUCACUGCACUCACGCAAUUCAGCAACCUCGGCCGAAGAAUCCGCCUACCUGAAGAAAGCGAGACUGCUGUGGUGGACUCGCUUCACGCUUGUUGUGCUGGUAAUAGCCACAAGUACUGCUGCGAUUGGCUGUGCAGGGCACGUUCUGCACGAUUACAACGUCACAAGCUUUGGAAGACACCAGUAUUUGCCCUUGUGGCCGACAACCAUCGAUAUCAGACCUACCUUGGGCAUUCUCAUCCCUGCUACUAUCAUCGUUGCAACAAGUCUGGUGUACUUGGUCUUGUCACUGAUCCCAACUCCCUACUCCCGCGCGCUCAUGUACAACGUCGUGUUCACCGGGGUGUCUGUCGUUGGAGUCGUCCUCUGCCUCUUCGCAAUCCCAUUCAACACUCUCCGGACCGACCCUUCGACGCACCAUCAACGAGAUUCGCUGCAGUCGUGGACGUGCAAGUUCUCUGAUGGCGCCGCCAAAUUCAACUCGGAUGCCCUUGCUCUUCAGAUCCCCGUGUACUUGUCAAGCGGUGUACCAAUUCCAGCUGGGUUCAAGCGCUUGUGCAUGGAGAGCAAAGUCAGCCUCGGUCUUAUUGUUGCUGUAUUCGUGUUGGAGGUUGCGAGCUGCGUUGUUGGUGGCGUAGGGAUGAUGCUGGAGAAGAAGAUGCACGACGCGAGAAAGGCUAGGUAUGCCAACAAUGAAAAGGAUGAGGAUGAGAUCCCAGGUACCAGUCGGCCGUUUUUGGGGUAGUGUUCCUGCAUCACCAUCAUCAGUGGUUCUCAAGGGGACGCAUUCAUGAUUGGCUCAGAUAUGUGGUAACGCGUUAGGGAUGUCCGGAACA